UAGAUAGACAUCAAGAAACUUUCUCAACCCUCUGCUGGUCGGACGGGAAAAUAAUCUCGAAAGAAUCGCACUUGAACAACUCUUUUAUUUUUCUUACAUUCGUUAUAAUUUGGUACAAGACACUUAAAGAAACUUAGAAGCAGGUCUUCAAUAUUUCAGAGACGUAACAGAAGAUAUUACAACUGAUAUCCUGAGCUCAUAGACGUAAUCUUAAGCUUAAUUAUCAUGAAGCUUACAUUCGUGGUCCUAGUCCUUGUUGGACUUGGUCUUAUUCCUCAAAUUUGUCAGUCAGAACGGACCAUCAUAGAACAAGCCUGGCCUGGAGCAUUUAAGGGACGAAUGACUCUUUCCGUCGAUGAAUGUACAAGUUCAAUCAACGGCGGAGGCUGGACAGUGACCGUAGUAUUUGACCGACCCGUGUACAAUCUAGAUAUCUGGAGAGCCCAGAUCAUAUCUCGGAGUGCUGAUAACCUUGUCUAUGAGCUUGGUAACAUGAACUGGAACCCUGUAAUCUACCCCAACACAUACCUUGACCUUGAAUUCAUCGGAUACCUACGACAGAACCAGGGAGGAGGAACCCGUGGAACGGCUACACUGAAUGACAAUGGACUAUGUAACGAGCUAACAGAUUUGUCAAGCAGCCAGUCAUCAUCCAGCCUUCCUGACCUGAGCGACGGUAGUUGUGAAACUGAGUAUGAACUCCUUGAUGAAUGGCCAGGAAACUUUAAAGGUCGUGUGCGUCUUCCAAUCUCUACCAGACUUUCUGGUGGAUGGACAGCAUCACUGAUCUUCUCUGAUCCUGUCAACAAUCUUCAGAUUUGGACUGCAUCUAUUCUGAGUGUGAGCAAUGACAAACGCGUUUAUCGUCUUCGUAAUCAACAAUGGAACCGAAGACUAGACGUUGGAGUGGUUUACGAGGCCGAGUUCAUUGGUUCACUAUCAUCAGCGAUCAUACCAACUUUCAGCUUCCUAAUGGAAGAUCAUCCAGCUUGCGACGAUAUCACAUCUGAGGUAUCUUCAGUGGUCGACAAUGGUGUUUGCUCUUGUGGCACUGUACGUCAGCUUAUCGACGAGUGGGGUAAUAACUUUAAAGGUCGGGUCCGCGUACCAGUCACCAACUCAUUGACCGGGGGAUGGACUGCUGAGCUCGAGUUUUCCGAACCAGUCUGGAAUUUACAGAUAUGGACAGCUCUUAUACAAGGCAUCGACUCCACAUUUACAAGAUACACCCUGACCAAUCAACAAUGGAAUUCCGAUCUCCUUGCCGGCGCCGAAUUCGAUGCCGAAUUCAUUGGCGCCAUCUCUGCAGGAACUCCUGACUUCCAGAUUCGUCUUCUCAACCAGCCCGACUGUGAGUGCCCGGAAUAUUACGUCCCUACUACAACUCUUCCAACAACAACGAUUCCAACGACGACAGUCUCUACGACUAUCCCACCUACCACCACCAAUCCACUGCCAUCUACAAUGGAGACAACUGUUGCCCCAGAGGUGACAACUGCGGAGGAAACGACGUCGCAAGUCGCAACGAUUUAUCCUGAAGUCACAACUGAAGAUGGAGAGGCUACCACCCUUGGUCCAGAUGCGACGACGGCAGAUCUUGAAUCCACGACUCCGAAUACACCAGAUGUCACUACCGAUGGUGUCACCGAUGAAACCACCACAAUCGCCGAAGAAUCUACAACCGACUCAACUGCCGUAAUGGAAACUACUAAAACUUUACCUGAUGUAUCAACUGUAACCCCUAAAGUUGGAGACUAUGCUGACUACGACGAAGUCCUUCAUAAGUCCAUCUUGUUCUACGAGGCCCAGCGAUCAGGUGCCCUUCCGUCAUCGAAUCGUAUUCCUUACCGUGGUGACUCUGCACUCGAUGACCAGGGUAGCAACGGUGAGAGUCUUACCGGUGGAUGGUAUGACGCUGGAGACACUGUGAAAUUCGGGUUGCCAAUGGCAUCAUCAACCACCCUCCUAGCUUGGGGUAUCAUCGAGUACCAAGAGGCAUACAUCUCGGCUGGUGAAUACGAAAAUGCUCUCGACAGCAUUAAAUGGGCCACUGACUACUUCAUGAAAUGUCAUGUCUCCGCCAACGAGUUCUACGCUCAAGUGGGUGAUGGUCACUUUGACCAUUCUUUGUGGGUCAGACCUGAAGAGCUGUCUGGAGCUAGACCAGCUUUCAAGCUUGAUCCUUCCAAUCCAGGCUCUGAUGUUGCCGGUGAGACUGCCGCUGCCCUUGCUGCAGCUUCUUUAAUCUUUAAGAAAGAUGCGGUAUAUUCCUCAGUUCUCUUAGCCCAUGCUAUUCAGCUCUUCGAGUUUGCUGAUACUUACCGGGGAUACUACUCUAGUUCCAUCCCAAAUGCUGACAGCUUCUAUCAUUCAUCCCAUUAUGUUGACGAACUGGCCUAUGCUGCAGCCUGGUUAUACCGAGCAACGGGUGACCAGACUUAUUAUAACAAGGCAGUUAAUCUAUAUCAGCAGCAUGGACUUGAUGCCAAACCAUGGGCGUUUGACUGGGAUGAUAAGAAAGCAGGUCUGCAGCUUAUGAUGUAUCAGCUGAGCGAUGGUACGAGUCAGACCCAGUAUGAAAAUGCAGUUAAGACUUACUUAGAUAGCUGGAUGCGAGGAGGUGAUGUGACCUAUACACCUGGAGGCUUGGCGUGGCGAUCUCAAUGGGGUUCACUCCGUUAUUCUGCCAACACUGCAUUCUUGGCAUCCAUUGCCUGUCGAUCUGGUCUUAGCUCGCAAUAUUGUGACUUCGCCCAAGAACAGAUCGACUAUAUGUUAGGAUCAAACGGUCGUAGUUUCGUAGUCGGAUUCGGUGACAACCCUCCUGAUAGACCACAUCACCGGGCUAGUUCCUGCCCCGACUUGCCAGCUCCAUGCGGGUGGAACGAGUUUGGCGCUCCAGGACCCAACCCACAGAUCCUUUACGGAGCCCUGGUUGGUGGUCCAAACGACAGAGAUGAGUUCGUCAAUGACCGAUCUGAUUACAUUCAAAACGAGGUCGCCUGCGACUACAACGCCGGAUUCCAAUCUGCUGUGGCCGGUGUAAAACAGCUUCUGAGGGAAGGCCUAAUCGUUGCCAAUCCACGUGCUUUGUGGUAGAUUAAAAAGGGAUUCAUAUUGGUGAUAGAGGAAAUUAAAAAAAAAAUACUGUUAAUAGUCUUUCUUAAAUUGAGAAUCUUGGGGGUUAAUCGCUAUAUUUAAUCAAUUCUGGUAAUAGGCGUGCGAUGUUACAUGUUAGUAUCACAAGCAUGAACCUGUACCAGUUUUUAUUUCAAAUGUGUGACUUACUGUAUUUUGGUGUCUUCAAAAUGAACGUACUUUUUUAUACAUCCAUAUUAAACUGGUUCAUUUAUAUUGAAGCAGUAAGGGAAAAAAAUAGAAAAAAAGAAAAAUGUGAAAAAAAAAUAAAUGAAACGAAAAAUAAGACUAAUAUUGAUAUCAAUUAGCUGUGAUAACUCUUUGUGAACCAUGAAUGUACUAAUGGAUAAAACUUCACCUUCAUGAUUUAAUAUUUCACUGUCAUUUUUAUAACACAAAUGCAUUUCAUUGAGAUGUGUCUUUUGAAAUUAUGAUCAUUUUGCUGGAUCAAAAUGAGUAUUAACUGAUUUAAAGUAAUUUAUUAAAAUUGUUUUCUCAAAA